AUGAACAAAUGGACACAUUCCGAAAACCUGGUCAACCAUAACACGACACAAGAAGACUGGAACAUCUUGUAUCACCUUGGAGGAAACGGACCUUGGAUUCCCAAGGUAGAUGGUCCGUUUGGAGACGAGCUGAGUGUUCCGGAAGGCUGCAAGAUAGAACAGGUGCAUGUGAUUGCGAGACAUAACGAAAGAUACCCAACCCAUAACACUGGUGCUCACAUGGUGGCUCUUCACAAUCGCCUCCGAACAUUAAACUUUGACCUCCAAGGCGAUCUCUCCUUCUUCAAAAACUGGACUUUCUUCAUGACCGAAGACUACAAAUCAGAAAUCGGAGAACUGAUCCCUACAGGACCAUAUGCCGGUACACUUGGUGCCUUCCGAGCAGGCGUCACUCUUCGAACGCGUUACCCAGAUCUUCGUGCUACCGCUAUCGCUAGCAACCAGACGAAUUUUUGGGCUGCAGACUCUCAUCGUGUGGUCGAGACUGCAAAGCACUUUGCCAGUGGCUUCUGGGGUGUAGAUCGGGAUAGCGACAUCGCCAAGUUGCACAUCAUACCUGAAAUCUCUGGACUAGGCGCCGACACCCUGACGACAGGUAACACUUGUAAGGCUUACCUCGAACCACACAAUCCUGAAGGACGCCACAAAGGCUUGCUCAAGCUCAAGAAAUGGCAAAGUGUAUACAUACCGCCCAUCAUCGACCGCCUAGAACAACAGAAUCCAGGCUUGAAACUGAGCAUCCAAGAAGUCUUCUCUAUGCAAGGACUUUGCGGCUUUGAAUUACUGGCUCGAGGUAGUAGCCCCUGGUGUGAUGUCUUCACACACGACGAGUGGCGGAACUUCGAGUAUGCUAGAGACUUGCUCCACUACUACCGCACCGGGCCUGGAAGCAAGUAUAGCGCAGGCCGUGGCUUUCCUUUCUUGAACGCUACCACCAAUCUUCUAGCUACCGGCGCCUCGAAUGGGUCUCUCUUCUUCAGCUUUGUGCACGAUGGAGAUAUUCUGCCUUUGAUAUCUGCACUGGAUUUGUUCCCAUCAGCUGAAGAUCUGCCCACUGAUCAUAUACCAAAAGACAGGAUAUGGAGAACUUCUUCCAUUGUACCCAUGGGCGGCAGGAUUGAGUUUGAGCGUAUGGUAUGUCCGUACGUGUAUUGUCACUCCAACGCGCCGCUAUAUCCUAAUCACAUCUACUGUGAUCCCCCUCAUCCGGAACCAUAUGUCCGAGUCGUGGUCAAUGAUGGUGUGAUCCCUAUACCGGACUGCGAUGAUGGACCGGGAAAGAGUUGUCCCUUGGAAGCCUUCAAGAGAAAAGUAAUGCUGAGAGGUUGGGAAGUUGGUGAUUUCAGCCGUGUGUGUGGGUUGGAAGAAGGAGCGGCUGAAAAGGUCACUUUUCUGCAUCAAUGA